AUGUCGAAAAAAAGAAAAGGAGAUAAAAUUUCUAUUCAUGAACAAACUAAAUUGACUAAGUAUUUCCAAAAAGAGAAUCUAUGUUCUGAUGUCGCAAGACGUCAUGACGCCUUGAAUGAAAUUGAAAAAUCUGAGCAGGCUAAAUCUGAGACUAAGCAGGUACAAUUCGAUUCCCUAAUCGACUCUUCGACAGUAACUAAUGAUUUUUCCAGAAAAAUAAUUCAAAACACUUGUUCAGAGAAUAAAAUAGUCGAAGAGUCAAAUAUUGAAACAGGAAAUAUUACAGAAUCUCUAAAUUUUCAAAUUGAUCAAAAUUCAAGAUUUUCUAAGGAUGUUGCAGAUUUUACCCAGGAAUCGAAAUUAUUAGAAAAAAAUGAGGGCAAAAACGAAAACGUAAAACUUGAUAUUGGAAGCUAUAUAGGAAUUCCAGUUGACGAUUUGACAAAAAAGUCGCUGUUACUGAAUCUCUGGACUCCGCCAAAAUCCUAUCAAUUUCCUUAUUCUUUACAUAAUAAAAAUGAAACUAUUAUUUUUGUUGGUCGUCAAAAUAUACCGCUACGAGGACAUCGUGAUGACGGUCAACUUGAUGUUGAUAAUAAUAGUCCAAUAAACGAAGGAAACUUCAGGGCACUUUUGAAAUUUCGAAUUCAGAGUGGAGAUAUCCAAUUGCGUAAUCAUUUAGAAAGUUCAUCUGUUCGUUCAACAUAUAUAAGUAAAACAACACAAAAUGAACUCAUUAUUUGUUGCGGGCAAGAAAUUCUUUCAGCUAUAAUAUCCCGAAUUCAGAAAGCAGUAUUUUAUGGAAUUAUAUUUGACGAAACUACAGAUGUCUCCCACAAGUCUCAGUUGUCUCUUGUCAUUAGGUACAUUUAUGACAACACUAUUAGAGAGGAUUUCAUUCAAUUCAUCGACCUUCAUGAUGAAAUUAUGAAAGAAGAUACCAUUAACAAUGAAAAAUUAAUGGAACCAAAGGUUACUGGUAGUAAAUUAGGAAAAAUAGUGGUAAAGACUUUGGAAUCACUAAAUUUGGAUCUUAAAAAUUGUGUUGCUAUAACAACAGAUGGCUGUUCUAUGAUGGUUUCAGAAACUUGUGGAGCAGUUGAAGAAGUGCUCAAAGUUGCCACAAAUGCUGUACAUUGCCCUUGUUAUAAUCAUUAUUUGAACAAUUCUUUAUCUGCAUCUUCAGAUGUUCAAAUAAUCCGAAAUUCUGUUGGCACUAUGAAAGAAACGAUAUCGUUCUUCAAUGCUUCAGCAAAGCGUUCCAACACAUUAAGAAAAAUAAUGGGUGUUCAAUUAUGUGGCUUGUGUGAAACAAGAUGGAUCGAGAGACAUGAUGGAGUUUUGCAAUUUCGUGUUUUGCUUCCAAAAAUAAUUGAAACCUUAAAUCAUGUAUCUCAAUGGCAAGAUUCAAAAACGUCGUCAAAAGCAAAUGCUUUAAAAAUUGUUCUUUGUGAAAGUAACUUUUUAGUUGCAGUCGUUUGUCUUUCUGAUGUGUUGAAUACCACGCAAUCCCUAAGCUACUUCCUGCAAAGAAAGCAAAUCGAUCUUAAAUCAGCGCAGGAUAUGGUUCAAGAUACUUUAAAGUUAUUACAGAGAAAACGCGAAAAUUGUGAAGAAAAAUUUAGAAGUCUUUUUGAAGAAGUUAAAAACAUUGCAAAUGAUAUUGGUGUUGAAAUUAAAAUGCCACGUGUAGCCAGAAUUCAAAGAAACCGUGAUAAUUAUCCUGUAAAUGAUCCCGAAACCUAUUUCAGACAAGCUGUUUAUAUUCCUGUUCUUGAUAAUGUGAUGACAGAUUUGAAAAAUCGAUUUUCAACAGAAGCUUUGGAUUUAUAUUCAUUUUCAGUUCUGUUUCCUGAUUCUGUAACAUCAAAAGAUAGUACACCAUCUAAAGAAGCUGUGAAGAAACUUUGUAACAGAUAUUCGACUUUCUUCAAGGAAUGUCCAGAGGUUUUAGAAAUAUCUUUGACCACUGAGUUAGAGAUGUGGCAUAUGCAAUGUGAUAGAAGAAAUUAUGAUUCAAGCAUUAGUGCUAUGCGAUUGUUUAACUGUUGUGAUGUUGAAAAAUAUCCUCUUCUUCAUACCCUUUUUAAAAUUCUUUUAACAAUGCCUUCAAGUGGAGCAAGUGCUGAAAGGUCAUUUUCAACUUUGAAGAGACUUAAAACCUAUUUGAGAUCUACGACAACUGAAGAAAGAUUGAACGGACUUGCAUUACUGCAUAUUCAUUAUGACAUUGAAGUAAAUGUGGACCAAAUUAUCAAUAGAUAUGCUAAAACUUGUAAACAUAGACUAAAUUUUAUGUUGUAA